AUGAGCGUUUUCGAUCGCGUGAGUUUUGAAAAAGAUAUUAUUUUGUUGUUGUUGUUUCGAGUGAAACUCACUCAGAGAACUAAUUGUUCUCGGCUUCAGGUGAAAGCUCAAGUAGCAUCAGAGGCCAAAUGGUCGACGAGUCCGUACAAGGGAUUCGUGGCCGGAAGCCCCUCGAACACCUACGCCGACAUUGUCUCAACCGCGUUCGUUUCACAUUUUCCUGAACAUGUGAAAGUAUGCGUUCACUUUCAGAUUCGAAGACGCGACAAACACGAUGAACUUUGCGCGUCACUCGAAAUACGACGAAAUGUACUCUCCGUACCUCGGCUCUUUCCGCGAACGACACAAUUACACUUCGAUAGCGCCCAGCUUGUGCAUCAACAGACCGUCCGUUCGCUCCCACUCUCGCUUCCUCUUUUUUCUUUUAACUUCAUCGACUUCAGAAAUCGAUCCGUCGACUACGAUCUGGCGCCACACAAGGCCUACAAUCCACGACAGUCCGAGUGGCUUCUUGAGAAAGACAAGAAGUACAGGUAAGUUCGGAGAAUUCUAGAAAGCGUCUAUAUCAUUCGUUUCAGAGUCCGUGGCUCUCGUAACAUCAUCCACUCGAAUAGCUCCGUCGAGCCCAACUUGCCUCCAUUGAGCCGUCGGACCUACACCGUCCCGACCGAUACCAUGCGGUGAGCGGAUCAGUUCGCUAGAGCGCACUUCCAACCUCUUUUGCAGCCACCAGAACCAGUUGCUCUACUGGAACGGCCGUGCUCUCGGGCUCGAGUACGUGGCUCCGUUCCUUCGUCGCGAGGAUCAUUCGCGCUACGAGGACCGUCGCUACCAGCGCAUCUUCUGGUCUCCGCACUUCAUCGACCUUUUGCCUUCGUGCCGUCACUCGGCUCAUCUGAUGCUCUCCGCCUAUUAA